AUGAUAACUUUGUUGGAAUCACCCAUCAUCGGACCACAACUACGCCGAAACCGCGGCCCUUUCUUCCAUGUUUCCGGAAAAAGUAGAAGAAUCAAAAGCAGAUCGAAAUCCACAACGAGCAGCCCCUAUUCACGGUCAUACGAAACCGACGCCGUCAGUCACGUCCGCACCACUUUGCAACGUCUCGACCUCCGCAAACCACGACCUCUGCUAUCCACCGCGAAGCCUUCGUCGUCAGCCAACCCGGAUCGCUUCUGUCGAUUACAGACUCACCACCACAUCACCGUCGUCCCUGCCAUACUCUGUCUACCAAACAUGGUCGAGGUAAAUACUAUUGUUGUUAUACAAUGUUUCUUGUAG